GCUUCAGUAGCGCAAGCGCUGAGAGGGAGCGGAGGUCAGGGAGAGAAAGGGAGACAGCGGUGCCUCGGUGAAGGGAGCAACAUGGCGGCGCAUAAGGCUGUGUGUGUCUUGACGGCCGACCCCGCCGCCGGGAGCAAAGUCCACGGCGUCAUCCACUUCCAGCAGCAGGGUAAUGGAGAAGUACAUGUUACAGGCCAUAUUGAGGGGUUGACUCCAGGGAAACAUGGGUUCCAUGUCCAUGAAUUUGGAGACAACACAAAUGGAUGUACCAGUGCAGGUCCUCAUUUUAAUCCUGAGAAUAAGACACAUGGUGGGCCAAAAGAUGAAGUGAGGCAUGUUGGUGAUCUUGGAAAUGUGGAUGCAAAUGGCUCGGGUGUGGCAACUGUGGACAUAAAGGACUCUGUUAUUUCUCUGUCGGGAGUGCACACAGUUAUUGGACGUACUAUGGUGGUUCAUGCAAAAGAGGAUGAUCUGGGCAAAGGAGGAGAUGAUGAGAGCUUGAAAACUGGAAAUGCUGGUGCUCGUCUAGCUUGUGGUGUGAUUGGGCUGGCUAAGCCCUAGAUAUGCUAAAAGUAGCACUGUAUACUAAAAGCAACAUGUGAAAUGUACUUGUGGAAUUUCCAAGUAUCUGGCUUUUAGAGCAUAAACCAACCAAUUAAUCUUAUGGCUCUGUUAAACUGAAUUUAAGCUGACAAGUCUUAUUUUGUAUACCUGUAAUUAAAAGUUAUGAAACACAA